AUGUUUAGUGAACAAGCGGGAGGACAGCUGUCGUCCGCUUGUAUUUCUUGGUGUCGUGGGACAAGUGACAACCGGAACAAGGCCAAUCCAACAAAUUUCUCAACGAAAGCCACUUCCGGAGCCAUAGCACACGAAGUUCAAAGCCGAAUAUGCGCCAAUAAUUCGCUAAAGAAAUCGGUUAAAAGAAAUGAGGCAUCAAAGCUUCUUUACUUGUCUCGCGGUAACAAAAAACCGCAAUAUCCUGCAUUUUCGGAAUACAAACCGCUGACCGAUUCAGGUGGUUUUGUUUUAUCGCACCGCUUCCGCAUCCGGAUGCGGACAAGGCAAGGAAACCUGAUUCAUUUCCGCACUGGUUCCGCCCUAGUGUGCAGAAACCUGCGGACGCUGUGCGGAAAUGUCCACAGCCGGGUGCAGAUAUGCUGCAGAAAUUUUCGCGCCGGUGCUAACCAGGGAUAG